ACCGGCCAGGCUGGCUGGCUACCCAGGUCACAUGAUGAUGUAGAAACAUGAAACUCGUCUCUGUGCCCCAGCGAGUUUUACUUCUCCCUAGCGCAGGGGUGUUUGCCAGCAGCCUGAGCGCUCGGCAGUCAGACCCCAGCGGCUGGAAGCCCUGAAGCCCAAGCUGACCAUGCUGCUCCGUCAGCGGGGCAGGGACUGCUGACCUGACCCCAGACAGCCAUUCGAAUCUCUGCCGAGUACCGAAAAGAAUGGACAAGCUGAAUAAGAUCACGGUCCCCGCCAGUCAAAAGUUGAGGCAGCUUCAGAAGAUGGUUCAUGAUAUUAAGAACAAUGACGGUGGAAUAAUGAACAAAAUCAAAAAGCUCAAAGUCAAAGCACCGCCAAGUGUUCCCCGGAGGGACUACGCUUCAGAGACCCCAGCUGAUGAAGAGGAGCAGUGGUCAGAUGACUUUGACAGCGACUAUGAAAACCCAGACGAGCAUUCGGACUCAGAGAUGUACGUGAUGCCGGCCGAGGAGAACGGGGACGACAGCUACGAGCCGCCUCCGGCCGAGCAGGAGACCAGGACGGUCCACCCAGCCCUGCCCUUCACCAGGGGCGAGUACGUAGACAAUCGAUCGAGCCAGCGGCAGUCUCCACCCAUCAGCAAGACGCUGCCCAGUAAGCCCAGCUGGCCUUCGGCGAAGGCCAGGCUCACGUCCACCCUGCCUGCCCCCGCUUCUCUGCAGAGACCUCAAGUCCCACCCAAACCCAGAGACCUGCUUGAGGAUGAGGCUGAUUAUGUAGUUCCUGUGGAAGAUAAUGAUGAAAACUAUAUCCAUCCCACAGAAAGCAGUCCACCCAAGUCUGAAAAAGCUCCCACGGUGAAUAGAUCGACCAAGCCCAACAACCCCUCCAAGCUGGCCUCUCCUCCAGGGACAACCUCAGGUCGGAACAGCGGGACCUGGGAGUCCAAGCCGCCGUCGUUGGCCGCCGCGCCAUCCCCACUGCCAAGGGCCGGGAAAAAAACAGCUACUCCACUGAAGACAACCCCGGCUGCCUCCCAGCAGAACGCAUCGAGUGUCUGUGAAGAAAAGCCGAUACCCGCUGAACGCCACCGAGGGUCCAGUCACAGACAAGAAGCUGUGCAGUCAUCAGUGCUCCCUCCUGCCCAGAAACAAAUCCAUCAAAAGCCCAUACCUCUGCCAAGAUUUCCAGAUGGAGGAAGCUUGACCGUGGAUGGAGCAUUACCUGGCUUUUCAUCUAAUUCCACUUUUUCAGAACAGGAAGCCGAAGUUCACUGUAAGCCCUGGUAUGCCGGCGCCUGCGAUCGCAAGUCUGCUGAGGAGGCGUUGCACAAGUCAAACAAGGAUGGAUCAUUUCUUAUUCGAAAAAGCUCUGGCCAUGAUUCCAAACAGCCAUAUACACUAGUUGUAUUCUUUAACAAGCGAGUAUAUAAUAUUCCUGUGAGAUUUAUUGAAGCAACAAAACAGUAUGCUUUGGGAAGGAAGAAAAAUGGUGAAGAGUACUUUGGGAGUGUCGCUGAAAUCGUCAGGAAUCAUCAACAUAACCCCCUGGUUCUUAUUGACAGUCAGAAUAAUACAAAAGAUUCCACAAGACUGAAAUAUGCAGUUAAAGUUUCAUAAAGAAAAAAAUGGAAGCCAAUAUCAUUGCUUCAGACAGUUCCCCCCAGUUUCUCCUUUUGAGAAGAAGUUCCCAAACUUCAUUUUUCAGAUUAUGGACCAUCAGAUAAAACAGAAGACGAAGGCAGCCAUUUCUUUAUAAGAAGCUCACAUGGACUUCUUCUGCCUGUUGCUUAACCCAAUGAGCUGUUGACAUCUGGUGAGGCUGAGUUAGCACGCAACUCAUACUCUCCAAAUAAAUGUCUUUAUUUAAAACAAA